UUUUCUGCCAUAGAAAACUUAACAUCCAUAUUUUUGGUGGUUCCAAUGUUAGCGUAGGUUGAAAUGAAGUCACACCCACACCCAGAAAGGCCAGACCGUCUUCGAGCUAUUGCUGCUAGCCUUGCUACUGCAGGUAUAUUUCCUGGAAAAUGCUACCCAAUUUUGGCAAGAGAGAUUACUCGAGAAGAACUGCAGAUGGUCCAUUCUUUGGAGCAUGUUGAAACUGUAGAACUUACAAGCCGUAUUCUUUCGAGUUAUUUCACUCCUGAUACGUAUGCUAAUGAGCAUUCAGCACUUGCUGCUCGGCUUGCAGCUGGUUUAUGUGCUGAUCUUGCUUCUGCAAUUUUUUCUGGACGUGCCAAAAAUGGUUUUGCUUUGGUUCGCCCUCCUGGUCAUCAUGCUGGUGUUAGUCAGGCCAUGGGGUUCUGCCUCCACAAUAAUGCGGCGGUUGCUGCACUAGCUUCACAGGUUUCAGGGGCUAAGAGGGUGCUAAUUGUUGAUUGGGAUGUACAUCACGGAAAUGGCACACAAGAGAUAUUUGAGCAGAACAAAUCGGUUUUGUAUAUAUCCUUGCAUAGACAUGAAGGGGGAAACUUCUAUCCUGGUACUGGGGCAUCACACGAGGUGGGCAGUAUGGGUGCAGAAGGAUACUGUGUGAAUAUUCCAUGGAGUCGUGGAGGAGUUGGGGACAAUGAUUAUAUUUUUGCAUUCCAGCAUGUUGUGCUUCCUAUAGCUUCUGAGUUUGCUCCUGAUUUCACCAUAAUAUCAGCAGGAUUUGAUGCUGCAAGGGGUGAUCCCCUUGGUUGCUGUGAUGUAACACCUGCUGGCUUUGCAAAGAUGACAGAUAUGUUGAAUGUUCUCUCUGGUGGAAAGUUGCUUGUUAUUCUUGAGGGCGGCUAUAAUCUUCGUUCAAUAUCAUCAUCUGCCACUGCAGUGAUCAAGGUACUGCUUGGUGAAACUCCUGAAUGCGAAUUGGAUAACUGCUUGCCUUCCAAGUCUGGCUUGCGAACUGUUGUGGAAGUCCUGAAAAUUCAGAUGAACUUCUGGCCUACUCUGGCAUCGACCCUUACAAAAUUGGAGUCAGAAUGGGGAUCAUGUUUAGUUGAAAACCGAAAAAAGCAUACUAAAAAGAGACGGCGGGCUGUGGCACCAAAACCAUGGAAAUGGGGGCGAAAAACUUUGUUAUAUCAUCUUCUGUCUGGCCAUCUUCGUUACAAAUCAAAGCGGAUUUAGGUGACUUCAUAGAUCUGAUUUUUACGCAUAUGCUUCUUUUACUUGUAAUUUUCCCUUUAUGCACCCUUUUAUACCAGCUAGUUUCAGGGUAAUAUCCUUUUUGUAUGAAAUGAUGGCUUAAUUAUAUUCAAGUGCUUCAGGAUAACUUCUUUUUUCUCAUGAAGUCUAAUUGUAAUCAUGGUUUUACAUUCCCUCCCCUUUUCCUUCUACCAGAAGGGGGGAAGAAAAAGGGAAGGCUGAAUUUCUAAUACAUGUUGAUGGUUUGUUGGUA